AUGGAUUCGAUCCAACUCGCUCCGUACAAUGACACCAUGCGCCUAGGUCAGGGGUACAACUCCUUUCUUCAACUACCGUGCCUCGACGGCGCCGUCAAGAUACAUGAGUCGGGCAUACAAACCCACGUGGCUCGGCCCGAUCCGUCAGCCAGCGUGUCCCAAGUGGUAUCUUACAGCUCGCGGUUUGUUGAGAGAAUCUCCGACGUGGCGCGCGGUAUGAACGUCAGCGCAGCAUCAUCCAUCAAAUCGGGCACCAUCGGGAUAUCAGGUAACUCGCUCAGCGUAGACGAGGCCAAGUUCGCCGAUAGCGACUUGAAUGCAAUCAUCUCAGUCAAAGUGAUCAAUCAGACUACGACAAUAAACAAGAACCCAGAAUUUUCAGGACUUGAUAGAAAGAUGAAGAUGACGAACGAGACAUUUUUCCAGACUUUUGGUGACUGCUAUAUAUCCGGUAACUCUCACUCUUUUAAUUAUAUAUGUAUAUGCAUUGACAGACCUGUUGAAGGAUUCGUCGAAGGGGGAGAUUUGCACGGCAUCAUCUCGAUCAAGGCCCCAGAUGCAACCAAAAAGGCCAAUAUUGAGGCAGCGCUGAAAGGCGUCAUGAACGGCCCAGCCAGCGAGUUCAAGCUAAGCGAAGGGCUCGCGUCAUCCGCACUCGAGGCAGCGCUGCGAGAUACCGAGACAACUAUCACGGUCAAUUGGUCAGGUGGCGCCCAGAUCAAGCCCGAUGGGGAGGAGUGGACGUUGGAGUCGCUACUCCGGGCAGCAUCCGGAUUCCCAGCGCGAGUGGCAACAUGUCCAGAGAGAACAUGGGCUGUGCUGACGCCCUACACCCAGAACCAGAGCUUCGUGAAGUGGGCAGCCGAGUCCAAGAUCUACGUGCCCACCUUCUCUCACAUUGAACAGUACACUCACGAUCUCCUCGACUCAUACAUGCUCUACAAGAGGCACUUGGUCUUGCUUCAGACCGCCAUGGGGAACCCACUUGCUUUCAGAGAGAGCAAAUGUGACAAUCACAUACCCCUCGAUGUGCACAGUCUGGUCGAGACACGGAAAGACAUCAAGCGCGAAAUGGCCAAGAUCGUUGGCAUCAUUGACAGUUUGAAUCAAGAUCCCAACGGCAUUAUUACAACGGAAAUUGAAUCUGCUGAGAAAUGGGCGGCACGGCUUCCACUUCUCGGGAACUAGCAGAAACGACUGCGUGAGCCCGCCCAACAUGUGUGCGACAAUGUUUGUCUCGUUAUAACGCAGCGCCAGUUGUAGAGUUUAUUCAGUUCAAUGCGAC